UACUUCCGCGAAGUAUCCAGCGCUCCAUCGCCCUUUGUCUGGCUCUCGCACGCUUCUCAUCGCAAUCUUCGCCUUUGCCUGUUCUCCUAACUCCGGCACCCUUAAGACUAGGUUGUUCAAGAAUUAAUAGAGGGAAAGAGCCACCUGCCUUCACAAAAUUUUGGUCCUAGCUGAUCGAUUAUGGCGACGCUUGAGGUUAUCCCUCUUGAAUCGCUGCCCUUAGGGUUUCGCUUCCGUCCUACCGACGAGGAGCUUCUGAGCCAUUACUUGAAGCGUAAGAUUAACGGUAGGAUCAAAGCUGAUAGCGCCGUCAUCCCCGAGGUCGAUGUCUGCAAGUAUGAACCUUGGGACCUCCCUGAAAAAUCGAUAAUAAAAUCUGGGGAUCCUGAAUGGUUUUUCUUCGCUCCAAAGGAUCGCAAGUACCCGAACGGCCAGCGCUCGAACCGGGCCACGGAAGCCGGCUACUGGAAGGCCACGGGGAAGGACAGACCUAUCAGGACGCGCGCGCCGUCGUCCAUGCCCAUUGGUAUGAAGAAGACUCUUGUCUUCUACCGCGGCCGCGCCCCAAAGGGGGAGCGCACCGGCUGGAUUAUCCACGAGUAUCGCACUGUGGAGCCGGAAUUCGAUAAGGGUGGUUUCGUACUUUGUCGAUUGUUUAAAAAGCCUGAAGAGAACAUCGGAACUUCCAAUGCUGACAAAAUCGAUGGCAGCAACCUUUCUCCUGAUAUAAUCUGGUCCUCUCCAGAUACCACGGCACAGGGUGAUGAUGCUUUGUAUGAAACUACCCCACUGCAUCAGGAAAUUGUACCCCUCAAUUGGCCUGAAACAGUUGAUGAGUCGAUGACAAAAUCGGAGGAAACAUAUAGCUAUAGCGAUAUCACAGCAGAUAUUGGUGCUAGUGGUAUUUAUAUGGAUAAUUUGAAGGAUGACCCCGAUCCAAGCAAUUUAAGCAGCUUAAAUAUUGGAUUCGAGCAGAACGAUUCUGAUUUAUUUUACUACAAUUCUCCUUCAGACAUGAGUUACCUACAUUUUGAUGAUAAUGGUGUUGGUGCAUUCUUAAAAGAUGAAGAUGAUGAAGUUGCUAAAUUAUUAGAUUCCAUACUUGUUUCAGAUGAAGAAUGUCUGCCUGAAUUUUACAAGUUUCUGGGAAAUACUACGGAAGCUGUGCCAUCUGCUCAAGUUGGCCUUAUUAAACAAGAGACUUUCUUGGAUAAUACAUCUGGCAUUGACAUUAUAAUUGGGGAUAAUGCGGAUGUUGAAGUUCUACUGCCACAUGACGCCCCUGGUUUGGCAGCUUCUUACCAAAUGAGUGGGUCAAUAAGCCCAUCAAGUCAUUUUAUGCCUCUUACUUCUAACUCAUACAAUGUAUUAGGAACUCAGUUUGAUUCUUUCAUCAAAAACUCUACAGCAAAUGAACUUCAAUCCAUGGCUUCCUUUAAUGGAAAUGCCAUGUUUGAGGGUCUUGAAGCAUCAGAGACUCUAUCUAGCGCUGCGGAUCUUUCUCAAGAUCUGUUUAAAAAUGAGCCUAAUCCUUCUGGUGAGGACAAUUCCACCGGUAUCGGAAUUAAGCUUAGGUCUUCUAGGAAACGGACUUCAGGAAAUCCAAAUCAACUGGGAAGUCAGGGCAUGGCAGCUCAUGGUAAUGCAUUUAGGAGGAUCCGGCUGCAAACUUCAUUACGUGUCGGAUCAACCGCGCUUACCAAUCGGAAUUCAAGUAGUUCUAAUGGAGAUCAUGAUGAGAAAGCUAAGAUAUCUGAGUGCGGAAAUAAUGCAGAAUUUGAAAUACCAAAAAUGGCUUAUUGUGGGCCCUCUGAGAACGAGGAUGCUGCGUCGCCUAUAGAGAGAAAGCUUACCAGCUCCAACAACUCCCAAACACCCGACGCUGUACUCAGAUUGAGAACUAAGGAGCCUAAUUACCUUUACGCUAAGCCAGAAGGUACUUCAAAGGAAGCACCUAAAGCUGCUUCAAUUAAUUUUGGUAGAGUAACUGUGGUGUUGCCAGUUAUCCUUUGUGUUUUGUGCAUCGGAAUUGGUUGGUUCUUUAGCUAUCGGUAGCAAGAUAUGGACCUGAGUUAUUCAACCUCUCUUGGUAGCUUUUUCUUGUAAAUAUAUAACAACAGGUUCCUGAGUGUUUAGGAGCGCAUUUUUCUGGAUUAUUUAAGCUUUUAAGUGCUGGAGAAGUCAGAUUUGACCGUUGGAUAUCCCUUCAGUUGAUUCCAUUUUCCAGUUUUGAUGGUUCUGCGGCCUCAACCGAGUAUAGGUAGCAUUUGUCUUUGCUUGUGCGCUUUGAGCCCCAGUGCUCUUCGAUAGAACCAACCCCUCCGAACGAAUCCGGAUUCCGCACGUAAUAAUUUUCCUAUGAUGUGAGCAUGCCUGGAAGGGAUAUGAGCUAAAAUUGUUAAGGCAUAUGAUUAUUGAAUUCAAAUUUAUCUGCGAUAAUAACCAAAUUUUAUUGACAAAAAAGAUUGAAAUUAGAGAAUAGAAAGAAAAGGGGAGAAGAAGUGAUAUGAAGAGAAUGUUUGUUAUUAGUAUUUGAUCUAGUUUUAUAUGUUGGUUUUAGUUUUUUAUUAUUUUUCAUUUUAGAUAUUGUUUUGUAUAGCUGAAUGUAUAGUCUUAGCUUAUAAAUAGAAUUUAUGAUUACUAGUUGAUUGGGCUGUAUUCUCAAGAACAAAUCAAUAAAGUUAUGUGAGCUCUCUUCCUUUCU